CGACGUCAGGCCCUCCCCCAGCGGUGCUGACGUCGGCGGCCGGGCCGGGUGACCUCAUCGCCCCGACGGCUGCCCGGCCGGGGGCGGGGAGAGGCGGGGGCGGCCCCGGCGCAGGCAAAGGCUCGGGGGCCGGGGCGCGGCUGGUGCAGCUUUCGCCGGAGCCGAGCCGAGCCGAGCGCCCGCCGCUGCCCGCCGCCCGCUGCGUGCGCCUCCGCGCCCCCGCGCCAUGGCCGGCCUCAACUCCCUGGAGGCGGUGAAACGCAAGAUCCAGGCCUUGCAGCAGCAGGCGGACGAGGCGGAGGACCGCGCGCAGGGCCUGCAGCGGGAGCUGGACGGCGAGCGCGAGAGGCGCGAGAAAGCCGAAGGGGAUGUGGCAGCUCUCAAUCGACGCAUCCAGCUUGUUGAGGAGGAGCUGGACAGGGCCCAGGAGCGACUGGCCACGGCCCUGCAGAAGCUGGAGGAGGCCGAAAAGGCCGCGGAUGAGAGCGAGAGGGGAAUGAAGGUGAUAGAAAACCGGGCCAUGAAAGACGAGGAGAAGAUGGAGAUACAGGAGAUGCAGCUCAAAGAGGCCAAGCACAUCGCUGAGGAGGCCGACCGCAAAUACGAGGAGGUGGCUCGUAAAUUGGUCAUCCUGGAGGGCGAGCUGGAGCGGGCGGAGGAGCGUGCCGAGGUGUCUGAACUGAAAUGUGGUGACCUAGAAGAAGAGCUCAAGAAUGUCACCAACAAUCUGAAGUCACUCGAGGCCGCAUCUGAAAAGUAUUCUGAAAAGGAGGAUAAAUAUGAAGAAGAAAUCAAACUUUUGUCCGACAAACUGAAAGAGGCCGAGACCCGGGCUGAAUUUGCAGAAAGAACGGUUGCAAAACUAGAAAAGACAAUUGAUGACCUGGAAGACGAGCUAUAUGCUCAGAAGCUCAAGUACAAAGCUAUCAGCGAGGAACUGGACCAUGCUCUCAACGACAUGACGUCUCUCUAAGAGGGAGCUGGGGUGCCAUCCUAUGUCUUAGCAAUACCGAAGUUGGCCUUCUCACUGUGGUGCCUGCACUUCCCGCAGGCUUCUAGAAGCUUGUUUCCUGCCUCCUGGUUUGGUCUUUCAAGCCUUCCUCUGCUGUGUCUGUGACUGUGUGACUGAAAUAAAGACAGGCGCUCCUUGUGCCCAGACCCUCAUUUUCAUUUCCUUCACUUGCCGCUUUUGAGCCGUAGCUGUGAUGCCCUUGACGGUGGCUACAACAGAAAGUGGGUGGUUCAUAUGGGGAGCUCAUUUCAAAAGGAAAAUGAUGCCCACGUGAUGCUUUGUGCCUAUAUGAAAACAAAAGCCAAUUUGGCAUGAGCUCUCAAAAAUGUGCUAGCUAACUAUAUCUGCACGCCAAUAGCAGUUUUUCCUUAAAUAGAAAUUGUUUUUGAAUGGGGACUCAUCCAGCCCCUUAAGGAGCUUGAUAGAGUCAGCAGAACUUGCAAAAACUGGCAGGCUUCUGUCUAAAGAGAGGCUCGUCUUGAAUGGAGUUUGACUUACGGUUUCAAAAAAGCGGCAAUGGCAUUCUGGUCUCCUUUUUCUUCCUUUUCGCAUUUGUUUUCUGUGUUACCCUCUAAGAGUGGUGUCCGGGGUUCCCAGUGUCUUCACUGUUCGUGGAAUAUCUAUCUAGCCCUGGGUCUUGGGAGGAAGUUCACCAGUGAGCCUCACCUCUAUCCUCUGCCCUUAGAAAACAACUACACAAGGGAUGAAAACACAUUCCAUUAGCAGGGAAAGGGGGUGGAAGCUGCUGGAAAGUCAGAAAGAGAUGAUUCAUUACCGAGUUCCAAAGUUGCCUGAGAUGGUAACAGCUAUCUCCUCAUACUUAAAUUUAACUCGAAUCAAGAACCUUGCUUUGGUUUGGUGAGAACUCUUAAAGUUAGCCUGUGGGUAUUAAGAGAUAAUGUAUAUACUGACCGAAAGCUCGUAAUUUUUCCACAAGAAACCAAAUUUUAAAUAUUUUAUCUACUUUCCCCUGCACCCCACUACCACCACCACCACUACCAUAAAUUAUCCCAGAAGCACUGCCAUUUUGAUGUCCACGCGUGUCUUCUAGACUGCCCCCCCCUCCCCGUGAACCUGAGAGCAGCAUGGAGAUCUCCAAUUAGAGCAACAAUUUUUGGUCACUGUAGCUUUAUUUUUCCUCAUCCUGUAAUUUUAUUCAGGUGGGAACCUCUGUCCCAGUUCUCUAUAUUCAUGCCUCCCAAAUCCAUCUCCCUCCAACUAUUCACAGCCUUCCAACCUCAGCCUCUCCCCGGUUUCCUAACUCCCAUCCACUAUGAACUCUUGCAUAAACCACUCCCCCCCCCCCCCCCCCCCCCGCCGACAUGGCCAUACUCAGGACUGUGGAAACGUUGGGCUAUGAAGGGGUGGGUGUUUUUUUGUUUGCUCACUAUAUUUGUUCCUGGGAUUUUUCCAGAUGUAGGUGGCCUCCACCCUUUGAAAUAACUGCAGCCCUACUUAUCCAGUCAUUCCACUUAACUAAGCCCCUAAGUGGAACUUCAUUUACAGAGAUUUGGGCUAACGUGACCUCCGACCACCUGUUGACGGUCUAGGGGCCUGUCACACUUCUCGAGGACAAUUGAUACCUUAAGGGAAAGGCGUUUUUUGUUUUGUUUUGUUUUCUCUUAGAUCUAAUACAAAGUAGAUGCCAGGGAAUCCAAGUGGCAAGGUGACAUGUGGUCAGGAUUUGUAGUGGGGAGACCUGGGUUUGAAUCUCAGCCCUGUGGGACCUUGCACAAGCAACUUAGCUUUUCUGCAAAACACAAGUGGUGGCUCCGUCCGUGAAGCGUAGGGGAGACCACGGAGUGGAUACUGUCCAUCCACAUUAGUCAGGCCCACGUUGCUCACUGUGCUUUUCUUUCACAGAAUCUGCCCGAUUAUAGCGAGACCUGGUAUUUUUCAGUGCCUCGUGAGAUGAAAGGUUGAGCCGUUCUAGUUGAAAGACUGCCAUCUUUGCAGUCAUUUUUUUUUUCUUUCGGAAAAUUUCCAAGCUGAUCCUAUCACAGUUUAUGAGGCAUUUUGCUUUCCUCCAGUGUUUUAAUGAUUUUUGGCCUCGCCUCUUAUCGGCCAUCACUCACGGCAAACCAGUUCUGUCUUGAUCGCUGUUGUGCCUAGCCCUAAAUGGCAUCUCACUUUUUCAGUUUUUGAAAAUUUAUUUUAUCAGCCUGGUCACUUAAUAACUCACCUGUAGUCUGACUUAGAUUUUCAGUCACGCUGCAUUUAUCUGAGGUUUGACUCCAUGGCUAUGGAUGCAC